AUGCGCCAGGUCAUAGAUUCUCGAUUAAACCAAACCGCUUCCAUACCCAACUCUAAGUCCCUUGCUCUCUUUCUCAACCACCGUCUCUUCUCCGUUCACCCGUCGUACAGCAGUACUCUCGAAAUUCCCUACAUCCUCAUCCUGUUAUGUUUCGAGGCACGUUCUACACCCACUCGCCCGAAAUUCCAUCGCGUCGAAGGAAAACUUGAAUCUACUAUCUUCUUCCGAGCAUUAGAGACACUCUUUUUGGCCCUCUCCGAUCAAAUCCUGGGCGUAAUAUGUCGGCUUCAACCAAUGAUAUGUCCCGUAUCCUCCAAAGGCUGGGAACCCCUGGGAACCUCCACAUAUCACGAUGGUGGUGAGGUUCCCGAAGAAGCUAGCUGUAUUCACAGCGAACUCGGACAUGAGCCAUUGCCAUAG